AUGAGGGGACAGAACGUGCCCACGGUCGGCGCCUUCGUGCUGGCGGGCUUCCCCGCGGCCGCUCGGCUGCGGCCGGUGCUCUUCCUCCUCUUCCCGCUCGCCCGCCUGCUCGUCCCGGCGGACAGCCUGGCCGUCCUGCUCACCGCCCGGCGCAGCGCGGCCCCGCACAGGCCCGUGUGCUGCUUCCUGGGCGCCCUGUCGUCCCUGGAGAUCUGGUACGAGUCCGACGUCCUCCCCAAGAUGCUGGGCGGGCUCCUCCUGCAGCGCAGGCGCAUCUCCUUCGCCGGCUGCGUGACCCAGCUCUACUUCUUCAGCUCGCUGGUGUGCACCGAGUGCGCGCUGCCGGCCUCCAUGGCCUACGACCGCCACGUGGCCACCUGCCACCCGCUGCGCCACCACGUCAUCGUGACCACGGGGCGCUGCGUCCGGCUGGUGGCCUUCUCCUUCGCGUGCGGCUUCUCCAUCUCCGUGGUCAAGGUGUGCUUCAUCUCCAGCGCCACGUUCCGUGGCUCCAAUGUCCCCAACCACUUCUUCUGUGACAUCUCCCCCAUCCUCAAACUGGCCUGCACGGACUUCUCGACCGCAGAGCUGGGGGACUUCGUCCUGGCCUUCAUCAUUCUGGUGCUGCCGCUCGUGGCCACGGUGCUGUCGUACAGGCACAUCACCCUGGCGGUCCUGCGCAUCCCCUCGGCCACGGGCCGCGGGAGGGCCUUCUCCACCUGCGCCUCCCACCUCACCAUGGUCACCAUCUUCUACACGGCCGUGAUCUUCAUGUACGUCCGGCCCCAGGCCAUUGAUUCCCGGAGCUCCAACAAGCUCAUCUCUGCUGUUUACACCGUCCUCACCCCGAUAAUCAACCCCUUGAUCUACUGCCUGAGGAGCAAAGAAUUUAAGGCUGCCUUGAAAAAGCUCUUGGGUUUUGGGCCCAGCACCGCCAUCGAGACGCUGAACCGCCCCAGCGUCAGGCAGAUUCCUUGCGUUGGUCUUUUAUGACUACAUCACCUCUCCCCC